CCUCCGCCGCUAGGGAAACGCUUUCAGACCAAUCAGUGGUUGAAUAUGUGAGGGAGCGUGUGUUUACAUCACCCGUCAAAUUGAAGAGCAUUUAAAUUUCGUCUUACAAGGACCAAACCCGCAGAGUCGCACUGAAACGAUUACGGUAGCCACCAACAGGACGGAUUCUCUGGUAACUGACCUUUUGCAGUGGAAUAACUCUUGAACCAUGAGCUCUGUGGCUGUGUUGACCCCGGAGAGCUUUGCCGAGCACCGCAGCGGAAUCAAAGACCAGGAGAUGACAGGCGGUGUACCCGAGGAUGAGGCCUAUAUCCCCACCUACCUGGAGGCCUUCCCUCCGCUCCCGGAGAAUAAGGGAGCUCCGGGGGACAAGUCUGGAGAGCCUGCCGGGGCGUGGGGCUCCAAGAUCAGACCCAUCAAAGCCUCUGUCAUCACCCAGGUGUUCAACGUGCCCCUGGAGGAGCGGCGCUACAAGGACAACAGCCAGUUUGGUGACGGGGGCGAGGAGGCCAAGGUGUGCCUGGACAUCAUGCAGAGGACGGGGGCUCACAUCGAGCUUUCGCUGGCCAAGGACCAGGGCCUCUCCAUCAUGGUCACUGGGAAACUGGACUCUGUCAUGAAGGCCCGUAAGGAGAUCGUGUCUCGGCUGCAGACACAGGCUUCGGCCACGGUGGCCAUCCCCAAGGAGCACCACCGGUUUGUGAUCGGUAAGAACGGUGAGAAACUCCAGGAGCUGGAGCUGAAAACGGCCACGAAGAUCGCCAUCCCCCGACCUGACGACCCCAGCCUCAACAUCAGAAUCACAGGCACCAAGGAGGGCAUCGAGAAGGCUCGUCACGAGAUACUGCUGAUAUCAGCCGAACAGGACAAGCGAGCAGUGGAGCGUCUCUCCCUGGAGAAGGUGUUCCACCCGUUCAUCGCUGGGGCCUACAACCGUCUGGUCCAGGAACUGUGUCAAGAGACUGGGGCCCGCGUCAGCAUCCCCCCGCCCAGCCUGCACAAGGACGAGAUCGUCAUCACCGGGGAGAAGGAGGCUGUCGCCCUCGCCAUCAGCCGCAUACGGGCCAUCUACGACGAGAAGAAGAGAAAGACCACCACCAUCUCAGUGGAGGUGAAGAAGUCGCAGCACAAGUACAUUGUGGGGCCUAAAGGCAACAGCCUGCAUGAGAUCAUGGAGACCACCGGGGUUUCUGUGGAGAUGCCCCCGCUGGACUCCUGCUCGGAGACCAUCAUCCUGAGGGGCGAGCCGGACAAGCUGGGCCCUGCACUUACACAGGUCUACGCCAAGGCCAAGAGUGUGAUGGUGGUGGAGGUGACGGCCCCGGCCUGGCUCCAUCGCUUCAUCAUCGGAAAGAAGGGACAGAACAUCGGACGCAUCACACAGCAGCUACCCAAGGUUCACAUUGAGUUCACAGACGGCGAGGAGCGGAUAUCCCUGGAGGGCCCCACGGAGGAGGUGGAGCAGGCCCAGCUUCAGAUACAAGACAUCAUCAGAGACCUGCUGGUGAGGAUGGACUACACUGACGUCAACAUAGACCAGCGCUUUCACAGACACCUCAUCGGCAAGAAUGGAGCCAACAUUAACCGGAUUAAAGAGCAGUACAAGGUGUCGGUGUGGAUCCCCCAGGAGCCGGAUCGAAGCGGCCUGGUCCGGAUCGAGGGUGACCCCAAGGGGGUGCAGCUGGCACGCAGGGAGCUGAUGGAAAUGGCACAGAGGAUGGAGAACGAGCGUACCAAAGACUUGAUUGUCGAGCAGAAGUUCCACCGCGCCAUCAUCGGCCAGAAAGGGGAGAAGAUCAAAGAGGUCCGGGAUAAGUUCCCAGAGGUCAUGAUCAAUUUCCCCGACCCGGCUCAGAAGAGUGACAUUGUGCAGCUGAGAGGGCCCAAGAACGAGGUGGAGAAGUGUGCCAAGUUUCUGGCAAAACUCAUCGCAGACCUGAUGGAGAACAGCUUCUCCCUCUCCAUCCCCAUCUUCAAACAGUUCCACAAAAACAUCAUCGGCAAAGGAGGCGCCAACAUCAAAAAGAUCCGUGAGGAGACCACCACUAAGAUUGACCUGCCCACAGAGAACAGUAACAGUGAGAUGAUAGUGAUCACUGGGAGAAAGAACCACUGUGAAGCAGCCAGAGACAGGAUCCUAGCCAUCCAGAGAGAACUGGCCAACAUCAAGGAGUCAGAUGUGACCAUCCCGGCCAAGCUCCACAACUCUCUGAUAGGCUCUAAGGGCUGCCUGGUGCGGGCCGUCAUGGAGGACUGUGGCGGGGUGCACAUCCACUUCCCCUCCGAGGGCUCCGGGUCAGACAGGGUGACCGUCAGAGGGCCCGCCGGGGAGGUGGAGAGGGCCAAGAGACAGCUACUACAACUGGCUGAAGAGAAGCAAGUGAACAACUUCACGGCGGAGCUGCAGGCCAAGCCGGAGUACCACAAGUUCCUGAUUGGAAAGGGAGGGGUAAACAUCCGUGGUGUGCGGGACAGGACGGGCGCUCGCAUCAUCUUCCCGUCUCCCGACGAGCCGGAGCAGGAGCUCAUCACCAUCAUAGGCAGGGAGGAGGCUGUCAGACUGGCCCAGAAAGAACUGGAGACACUCGUCAAAAACCUGGACGACGUGGUGGAGGACAGCAUGGUUGUGGAGACGCGGCACCACCGGUACUUUGUCUGCCGGCGAGGCCAGGUGUUGAGGGAGCUGGCGGAGGAAUACGGCGGCGUGGCGGUCAGCUUCCCCCGCACCGGGACUCACAGCGACCGCAUCACACUGAAGGGGGCCAAGGACUGUGUGGAGGCAGCCAAACGAAGAAUCCAGGAGAUCAUAGAGGAUCUGGAGGCCCAGGUGAGUGUUGAGGUGGCGGUCCCCCAGCGGUACCACAGGGCUGUGAUGGGGCCUAAAGGCGUCAGGAUCCAGCAGAUCACCAGAGAUUACGAGGUGCAGGUCAAGUUCCCGGAGAGAGACGACAACAACACAGCAGGACAGGAGCCCCCUCAGGAGAAUGGUGACGCCAGCCCGGAGGUGGAGUUUGUCCUUCGCAAGUGUGACGUCAUCACCAUCUCAGGGCGGACGGAGAAGUGUGAGCUGGCAAAGAUCGCCCUACUGGCUCUGGUCCCCGUCACGGAGGAUGUUGAGGUGUCCUUUGAGCUACACCGUUACAUCAUUGGUCAGAAGGGCAGUGGCAUCAGGAAGAUGAUGGAGGAGUAUGAGGUGAACAUCUGGGUACCCCAGCCGGAGCAGCAGUCGGAUGUGAUCAAGGUGACAGGUCAGGUGGCCAACGUAGAGCGAGCCAAGUCAGGCCUGCUGGAGAGAGUCAAAGAACUACAGGCUGAACAGGAGGACAGGGCCUUGAGGAGCUUCAAGGUCUCCAUCUCAGUAGAUCCUAAGUUCCACCCCAAGAUCAUUGGCCGGAAGGGAGCGGUCAUCUCUCAGAUCCGCAAAGACCACGACGUCAACGUCCAGUUCCCAGAUAAAGGGGACGAACUGCAGGAUGUGAUAGUGAUCUCUGGGUAUGAGCGUAACACAGAAGAGGCGCGGUCAGCCAUCGAGCUGCUGGUGUCAACACUGCAGGAGAUGGUCAGCCAAGACGUGCACCUGGACCCCCGCACACACGCACGCAUCAUCGGGGCCCGCGGCAAGGCCGUCCGCAAGACCAUGGAAGAGUUCAAGGUGGACAUCCGGUUUCCCCAGCCGGGUUCAGAGGACCCAGGCAGGGUGACAGUGACUGGACUACCAGAGAGUGUGGACAACGCCGUCGACCACCUCCUCAAUCUGGAGGAGGAAUAUAUGUUGAGUGUGACAGAGACCGAGACGAUGGCUGCCUACAUGAAGCCCCCGUCCCGCUAUGGAGUGGGGGGGGGGGUUGGGGGUGGCGACAUCAGCGGGGCGGCGGCCAAGGGCUUUGUGGUGCGGGACGCCCCCUGGAACGACAAGGCUCCUGAUAUGAGUAAUGCUGAGGACUUCCCCGCCUUCGGCGCAGGCCUGGCCCCAAAACAGACCUCCGCCUGGGGCCCCAAGAAGUUUUGAGACAUCUGGAAAA